GACGCAACCGGAAACAAUGGCUGGAAUCAAGAGAAGCGCCGAUGGCACGGAGGUCGCCGAGGUCGACAUCGCUGGCAUGCCCCAGAAGAAGUUCUACCGCAGCCGCGCCCAUUGCAACCCGCUCUCGCACAACGACUCGUUCGACUACCCGUUGCGCCCGGUCGAGAUGGACUGGAGCAGCCACUACCCCAACGUCGAGGCGCCGAAGGUUGAAUUCCUCGAUGUUGGCUGCGGCUUUGGCGGGCUCACGAUUGCGCUCGCGACGCUCUUCCCGACCAACUUGACGCUGGCGAUGGAGAUCCGCCCCAAGGUUACCGAAUACGUGCGCCUGCGCAUUGAAGCGCUUCGUCAGGACGCGCUGGCGACGACCAAGGCCUACCAAAACGUUUCGGUGCUGCGCACGAACGCGAUGCGCUACCUUCCGCACUACUUUGCCAAGGGUCAGAUCCAAAAGAUGUUUUUCUGCUUCCCGGACCCGCAGUUCAAGCUGCGCAAUCACCGCCGGCGCAUCGUCAACACGCAUUUGCUGACCGAGUACGCGUACUUGAUUGCGGAAGGCGGCAUCCUCUACACGAUCACGGACGUCGAGGACUUGCACAACUGGCACGUGGCCAAGUGCGAUGCGCACCCGUGCUUUGAGCGCAUUAUCGACGACGCCGUCUUGGAGGCCGAUCCGUGCGUCAAGGCCAUGACGGAGGAAACCGAAGAAGGCAAGAAGGUCGCGCGCAGCGGUGGCAAGAAAUACAUUGCUGUCUACCGCCGCCGCACCAACGCCGACGUGGCGGCCGCCGCGACGCUCUUUUAAGCCCGACGCUAAGGCGCAGCCCAAUAAUUGGAGGACAUUUCAUCAGCA